UACUAAUAAUUGUGGUUAAUUUAUUCCAUUUAUAACAUUUUCUCAAUAAGAAAAAAAUCAGGACACGCGUGGCAAGUUGCUGUUGGCCAAGACUUGAGGACCCAUUUCCACAGCGAAGAUAAGAUUGGAAGAACCUCUAUAAAUAUAUGGUGCAUGAUUCUCACCCUCUUGCCCAAAUUCCCACAAAAGAAAAUUAUGGCUAGAGCUACUACUCUCACUCUCUCACUAAUUUUUCUCUCUUUCUUCAAUGUUGUCAAUAGGAACAAUUUGGCCUCCGCCGCCGCAACCACGGUGGCCGCCGCCGACCCCGCCUCCAGUUUCAUUAGAACUUCAUGCAAAGCCACCACAUACCCCGCCGUUUGCGUUGAAUCACUAUCUGCAUAUGCUUCCACCAUUCACAAAAGCCCGCGACAGUUAGUGAUGACUGCAUUAUCAGUAAGUGUCAAACGGGCCGAAUCCACAAAGGCAUUCGUGGCCAAACUCACCAAAUUUCACGGGCUGAAGCCCAGAGAGCGCUCGGCCCUAAAGGACUGCUUGGAGGAGGUGAGCGACAGCGUGGACAGGCUGAGCAAAUCGGUCCGGGAGCUCAAGAAAAUGGGCCGGGCUCGGGGCCCGGAAUUCGCAUGGCACAUGAGCAACCUGCAGACUUGGGUGAGUGCAGCGCUGACUGAUGAGAGUACAUGCAUGGAUGGGUUUGCGGGCCGGGCCGUGAAUGGUAGGAUCAAGACUUCCAUUAGGGCCCGGAUGACUAAUGUGGCACAGGUGACCAGCAAUGCUUUGGCACUUUGCAACAAGUUUGCGGGAAAGUAUUGAGUGAUAAUGGGAGAAUCUUAAUCCAAAUCAGGUUUGGUCAUACAUAAAUUAAUUAUAUAGUAAAUAUAAUAUAUUUGUCGUGUGAUUGUAGAAAAAAUGAUCGAUCACAUUACAAGUAUAUCAUACUUACUUUAUAAUUUAUUUGGUUGAACUAAACUUGAUAUAAGAUUUUCCGUGAUAUAUAGAAGUAAUGUGGUAGUGUUAUUACAAGUCUAUCUUCGAGUCCGAAGUCUUAGGUUGAGUACUGUUUGUGGCUGGUAAGGUUUGGUUUUAGUGUAUAAUAACUAUAUUUUGUAAUAUAAGUAGAAAGAAAGGGGGGUUUUGUUUAUAAAGCAUUUGAGUUUAAAUCAUCAAUAAUGCUCUUAA